UUUCUUUAAAGUCUGCUGGUCCCUGUAUAGAAAACAAAAUGGCGGCGCCCAUGAGCACACACGAUUUUGACAACAAACAAUUUUUGAAACAAGGAGCGGAGGCUAAAGUCUACAAGGAAAAGUUUUAUGACAAAUGUUGCAUUAGUAAAGAAAGGUUCUCAAAAGCGUACAGGCAUCCGUCACUAGACAAAUCGUUGACUUUGCAAAGAUUAAAAGGAGAAAUACGUGCAAUGAACAAAUGUAGAAAUUUGGGAAUAAGAGUGCCAGUUUUAUACUUUGUGGAUACAAACACAAGUACAUUUUAUAUGGAAGAGAUAACAAAUAGUCAAACUGUUAGAGAUUACAUCAUACAUAUUCAGUCCACGUCACCAGACGAUGCUGUAGAAAAACUUACACCACUAGCUACAAAAAUAGGACAGAUAUUAGGCAGGAUGCAUCGUGGGAAGGUUAUUCAUGGAGAUCUUACAACAUCCAAUAUGUUACUAAGUGGAAAUCCAGACAAUUUAGAUAUUGUGUUAAUUGACUUUGGAUUGAGUUUUUUGGAAGGUCUACCAGAAGAUAAAGGAGUUGACUUGUAUGUGUUUGAACGUGCUUUGCUCAGUACACACCCAAACACAGAACAGGUGUUUGAGAUCGUAUUAGAUGCAUAUAAACAUGAAAACAAGAAAGAAGCACCAGAUGUGAUCAGUAAACUUGAAGAAGUGAGGAUGAGAGGGAGAAAGAGGACCAUGGUUGGAUAGUUAACAAACUGUUGAUUAUUUGGUUCUGAAAACUGUAACAAUUCACCCUUCAAAUAUAUUUUGUCAACUGAUAGAGUAACUGAACUUUCUGAGUUCAUUUUGUACAAUGAAACAUUUACUUCCUGCAAAAUGAAUGAUAUAUGUACAUAUUAAUAUACAGUCUUUAAGUAAUUAUCAAACCAUUUACCAUUUAGAUUAAUGAGAUUUUUUCUGAACCUAGAUGUAGAUUAAAUGCCAAUAUAUUUUAUGGUAUAAAUUCAGUUAGGGUUUCUAAUGAAUUCACUGCCCAACAAUAAAUUUUAUUACAAAAAAAUAAUCUGUAAUUAAAACAUUAUUAAGUAACAUUAGUGUAUCUACUUUAUUUUUGUCACAAAGAUUUUCCUUUAUCAAAAUAAUGCAAUAAAAUUUGGAUUAUAAAUAAA